CCAUGGGCAAUUGCACGAGCAACAAAUAUUCUGCCGAGAUAUCGCCGAUGAGCGAUGAGGAGGAGGCGGUGGAGACGGUGAAGAGGAGGCUGAUCCCCGACGAUGAUGGUCACGGAGCUCUAAGAUCUUCUUCUCUGGCAAGGACGACGGAGGUAAAGAUAAGAAUCACAAAGAGAGAGUUGGAGAAGUUAUUAAGAAAGGUGGACGUGGAGGAGCUCCCGGUAACGGAGCUGUUAUCGCAGUUGAUCGACGUCGGAGAUGCGUUCGAGAGUACUCACCGGAGAUCGUGGCGGCCUUCUCUGCAAACUAUUCAUGAGCUGAACUAAAUAAAACACGUUACAUAAACUUGUAAAUAUGGAUGUAUGGUUAUUUGAACCACCAAUGUCCUAGACCACUUAAAUGAAGGUCUGGUCGACAAUUGGGUAAUUGAUACCAUGUA